CUGCCAACGACGGCACCGACACGACAUCCGUCUGGACGCUGUGUGAGUCAGAACACACCAGUGACGACCCUUCAUAAAGGAAUUCGUCGUUGUGUGCCGCCGCCACCGACCCAUCGCUGUAUGGACGAGCUGCCCUUCGUCAACGAGCAUGAUUCCUGGACCCUGAGCCGCGAUUUGGCGCUGAUAAACGACAGCGCCGUAGAGACCUGGGCCACCCUCCGCAAGAGUCGCCCGAAAUUCACCCCCCGUAGCCUCAGCCUGCUGCCGGACCUGCAAACCGACGUCUUGCUGGAGGUCCUGUUGCACCUCCACCCACUCGAGCUCGUCCAACUUUCCCGCGUCUGCAAAUCACUGCGUGAACUUCUGCUGGCCCCAGUUGCCGACUCGACAUGGCGGAAUGCUUUUAUGAUCGACCCACACAUUCCGCGCUGUCCAGCGGGAUUCUCCGCGCGCCGGUGGACGGCGCUAUUAUUUGGCCCACGGGAGUGUGAAGCCUGCCACAUGCCUGGUGUCGACGUGGACUACUCUCUCUGGUGCAGGCUGUGCUCGCCAUGUAUCGCGGCAUGUGAGGGCCGAGGCGCAGUGCCCCCAUCACACAGAGUCCUGAAAGUCACCAUUUCGCAGCCGAGUGAACCGACCGGCUGUGGGGAUGAGACGCUGAUGGCGAAGAUACAAGAGGUCGGGAAGAUGUGCCAGGAGUGGGAGCAAGGUCACAAGGAGGCGCAGACAGCAAAAGCCGAAGCACGACGGUAUAGAAUCAUCCGAGCCGUGCAGAAGCGUCUGCGUAGGGAGGGUUUCUCUGCCUCCGAUACACACGAUUGGACUGUUAGCGAGGCUAUCUGGGAGUGCCACGUGUUUGGGAGAAAGCCGCGCUUGACCUCGACUGUGUGGAACCUCGCACGGCCAUACAUUAUGCCUGCUGCCCUAAAGGUCCGUGAGGAGCGACUGGCCGCCGAACGCCUCCAACGUUCGGAGAAACGACUGGAAACGAUCCGUUCGGCUUCAUUUUCGCUACACUCUCCUCCCCCCACUUCCUCAAAACUUGUGGUUCCUCCCCCAUAUAUCUUCGCCUCGGCCUAUCCGCCGCUUGUCGAGCUGCGGCACGAUCCCUCGGAAGCUCUGCUGACGCGCACAGACCCGCGGCUCGUGGCCAUCCUCCAAAGCAACCACGCGCGGGGCUUUGUGGACCGGAUGUGGUCUGACAUUCACGCCAAACUCCUCACGUUCUUGCCUCAGAAUGGCGAGUCCUCCACCCCGCCCUCCCUCGACCGGAUCAUCAGCGUGCUCCAAGUACCCCAGGCGGGUCCGCGCGGAGCCUAUUACACGCUCCCCGUGCUCGGCUGGCAGGAGGCACGCACGGCGCUUCAUUGGUGUCGCGGUCCGCCGCUGGUUUCCGAGGACACUGCGGACGGCCCCGUGCCGGACGACGGGAGAGUCACAUUUUGCCCGAUCGGAGCGGGGACCGCCGUAUCGCUGGCAAGGAUGGUGGGCUUCCAGGCCCCCGAGGAGGUGACCUUGGAGGAAAUGAACGGGCGAGCGAAGGAUGAGCGUUUCGUGUGCGCGAAUUGUCCGGCGCUGUCUGGGAAGAAUCGGCGGCAGGCAUUGAGCUGGCGCGAAUGCAUCGCGCAUGACGUCGAACAAAACACCGGCUCGUGGGUGUCGCAUGCGACUCCGGCGUGGUUGCGGCUUAGUCCGCUUGCUGCCGCCGAUGCGCGACGACGGGAAUGCAAGGAGGGCAGAGAAAACCUCGACGACGCGUCAAUUUGGCUCUGCAACGUGUGCGAUGUGUACCCCGCGACCCUGAGGACAAGACGGUCGCAGGCCCGACACCUCUCAACCGAACACGCCAUUGACUCGCCACUCGAAGGCGAGCAUCUCCUGCCCAUCGCGCUCCCUGAUGCGGACACACGCCCGGGCCGGCGCCGGCCGGUUCCCAUGGUUGAGGGGCUCCAUGCGGCCACGCUGCGGUGCAAGCGGUGCGCAAACGAUACGCCCCAGAUUGUCAAGCUAUGGUCCCAUCGUUCUAUUGUACCGCAUAUUCAGGACCGGCAUUUGUUGGAGCGUGGCUUAGUUACAGAGACAGAGUGGACAGAGGUUGAUAUGUUUCUGUGA